AAACAUUACGACUGAAUCAAAAACGUUACUGUUGCAUAAUUAGACUACUGUACUUUGUUUCUUACCACAUACCAGCAUGCAACAUAUUGAUCUUCGAGCGUGUUCUUUGUUCGUUUUUGUUUGUUUGUUUGGUUUUUUGGGCGUGUGUUUUUCUUCCUGGCUUUUCUCCACAAGCCUCGCCCACGUCAACGAUGAUUGGCUAGGCACAUCAACACCCGCCUCCACGGGCGCUGAUUGGCCGGGCAAGUUGUUGACCGCCCCCUCCUGCCCCUCUCGAACCGGGAAAGUCACUUGUUCUUCAAACUGACAAACACGAACGCGAGCGCGAGCGAAACGCUCCCAAAACAAAGACGACAUUGUUCAAUUCACUUUUUUUUUUAGGUCGCAAUAUAUCCGUGGCGCUUUUACCUCGACACGUUUGUUACUGUGCGGGUGUCGAAAUGUGCUCGUAGGAUGCCUUUGGAUGGAACAGGUGGCAUUCACUUGUAAUUAGACGGCACUCGGGCGCAUUGGGGACACGUCUAAUUCCCGGACUACGAGCCCAGGAAGACGGUGGAGGAGCGGACAACAGUCAUGCCGGUGGCCGAGUGCGAGCUGUUGCCGGAGGUCGAGGCCGACGAGGGCGCCCCGGGGCCGGCGGCGGCCACGCUGUGCGGCAGCCCGGCCGCAGACAUCCUCAAGAAGUUCUACCACACCAAGCGGGUCGGCAACUACCUGAUCGGGAGGAAGCUGGGCGAGGGAUCCUUCGCCAAAGUCAGGGAGGGGCUGCACGCCCUCACCGGGGAGAAGGUGGCGGUGAAGGUGAUCGACAAGCGCAAGGCCAAGAAGGACUCGUACGUGACCAAGAACCUGCGUCGCGAGGGCCACAUCCAGCAGAUGAUCCGCCACCCCAACAUCACGCAGCUGCUGGACAUCUUGGAGACGGAGAACAGCUACUACCUGGUGAUGGAGCUGUGCCCGGGCGGAAACCUCAUGAACCGCAUCUACGACAGGAAGCGGCUAGACGAGCGCCAGACGCAGAAGUUCAUCCGCCAGUUGGUGCUCGCCGUCGAGCACCUGCACAGGGCCGGCGUCGUGCACAGAGACCUCAAGAUCGAAAACCUUCUGUUGGACGAGCAAGACAACAUCAAGCUCAUCGAUUUCGGCCUGAGCAACUGCGCCGGCAUCCUGGGCUACUCGGACCCCUUCAGCACCCAGUGCGGGAGUCCGGCCUACGCCGCCCCGGAACUGCUCUCCAGGAAGAAGUACGGACCCAAAGUGGACGUCUGGUCCAUCGGCGUCAACAUGUACGCCAUGCUGACGGGCACGCUGCCCUUCACCGUGGAGCCCUUCAGCCUGCGGGCGCUGCACCAGAAGAUGGUGGACAAGGAGAUGAACCCGCUGCCGCCCUCGCUGUCCACAGCCGCCAUCUGCCUGCUGAAGAAGCUCCUGGAGCCCGACCCCAACAAGCGGCCCAACAUCCACCAGGUGAUGGCCGACUCGUGGCUGCAGCUGGCCAACAGGAACACGGGGGCGCCCUACCUCAACAGGAUCCACAUCGAGGAGAUCGACCACACGGUCCUGCUGCACAUGACGGAGAAGAUGGCCUACAAGCACAGCGAGGUCCUCAGCGCCGUCCUCACCAACCGCGCCUGCCACACGCUGGCCGUCUACUUCCUGCUCAACAAGAAAAUGAAGAGGCUCUCCAAAGAGUACAGGGAGCUGCAGUUCCAGGAGAAGAAGAAGGGCGACAAGCCCAAGAACGAGUACUUCCAGACGCAGUGGCGCAAGCACGUGGACAAGCUGACCAUCCCGCCCAAGCAGACGCCCGUCUACUUGGCCGUGAGCAAAGGGCCCAGCAAGGACAAGAAGCACCGCACCGGUCUGUUACGUGCGCUAACCGGUGGCCAUCGUAACUCCCCGCUGGCGCCCCCGGGCACGGUGGCGUCGUCGUCCAUGGAGUACCUGGAGAUCCAGCCUCUCUUCUCGUCCCACACGCCUCAACAGCGCCGCCGGCUGGCCACCAUGCCGCCCGUCAACAACAGCGGCAGCCCCGAGCACGGCGUGCCCGCCCCGCCCGCGCCCUCGCCCAUCGGCAUGCACUCGUUCGGCUCGCUCUCCAAGGCCGAGCGGCUGGACGACACGCCCGCCUCGCCCUGGUACAAGCUGACCAACGGGACGCUGUCGCCGCCCCGCCACGUCUCCGCCUUCCAGCCUGACUCAUCCUACCUGAAGAAGGCCACCAUCCCCAGUCCGCCCGUGCUCAUCGUCCACCCGCAGCCCAAGAAGAGCGUCUCCGCCGACUGGGGCGGCGGCUUCUCCUCCGACACCGGCGGCAGCCCGCCCAGCGCGGCGGGGAGCCCGCCGGGCGGCUCGGGCUUCAGCCCGCCCAAGUCGGCCUUCAGCCCGCUAAACCCGGCGUCCGCCUUCAGCCCGCCGUCCAAUCUCGGCGGUAGCGGCAGCGACUCCGACAGCCCCACGCAGCGCGCCAAGUUCCCCUGCGUGGGCGUCGGCCUGGCGCUCAAGAAGAAGGUCCAGCUGCAGCCCUUCAGCUUCCGGCCCGAGCAGGUGGUGGAGGAGGUGGUGUCCCCGCCGCCCUACCCCAUGCAGACUCUGCUGUGCGCGUCGGGGGCGCUCAAGACCCUCUGCUGAGGGGCCCGGACAAGACCGCUGCCCGAGAACCAGAAAACUGUGAACUGUCCCACUUGAAAACGGAUCUGAAAGCGACAUUUGGAUCCCCGAGCAAUCGGUCCUGGAUCCGUGUUUCCCAACCUACAUUGCGCCAGGGCACAAAUUUUAUAUUCCAAAAAGAAUCACCCGGCACACCACCAAAUACAAAUGUUACAAGAAGUGCUGCAUUUUUUUUGAGUUCGGCAUUCUUUGCCCAAAAACGAUUUGCUGUUUCUGUGCUCAGGCCAAAGUGAUUUAAAAAAAUAAAUACAUCAAAAAUGCUUUGCUGCCUUCUCGCGGCAUCUUAGUGCCAAGCAACGAUGCUGAAGUGAGUUGAAGAGCUUCCUUUCGAUUACACUGAGGUCGUGCAACUCUAAAUUCAGACUUGCCUGUAAACUGGCAAAGCCCGUCCGUCACGCUUCCAAAUCUGCGAUACUGAACUUCGCCGUACUUGUUCUUCUCUGUCACUUUACAUCGAUUGCAUAAAUGGAUCCAAAAACAAAUGGCAUCAUUUUCGGACGAAUGUGCUUUUGGGAAUCACCGUGCUUUGAGGACACCAUGUCAACACGCGCGCUGUAUUAUACACGGAAUUUUGUCGUUGUAACGACGUGGUCGCUAACUGAGCCGCCGACUGAUUCGCACCAGCUAAAGGACCCGCCUCUUCCCCCGUCCCGACAACACUUUGUGUUCGCUACGUGUUUUCCGGCUCGGAAUUCCGAGCGAGCUCUCGCUGCGCUAUUCAAAGGAAAGCCAAAAUGGUGUAGCGUAACCGCAAUGUUGAACGCCGCUUACCUCAGUUUUUUGUUCGAUACCGACGACGUAGGUGCCAAGUGUUGUUUGUUUUUAUGGCGACGCCGAUAGUUUCCGUCCUGGCUUUUUAUACCUGCUCUUCUGUCCGUUAUUUUCCACUCUGGGUUAGAAACAGUUUAGUAUAUUCCAAAGCAACUUGAAGAGCAUUUGUAGCCAGUCGGAAGCGUGAAGAAAGUCACUCCAGGAAAAGGCACAAGUUGAACUUGGCUUCGCAAGAUUAGUGUUCCAAUGGGGACUCAUUUGGGUGAAUUCCCGAGUAGGAGUUCUAACCCUAACCCCAAAUGGCCGCCUCCCUGUUCCAUUUGGGGUACGGGUUCUUGAGACUUUUAAUCGGGCGUCCGAGUGUGAUAAACACGGCCGCCCGAUUUCCCGUCAAACUGCUGUCGGGGUGCUGAUUUUGUUUCGUUUGGAGUUUUUCCUUUCCAGGAGGUGCCAGAUGCUCAGGCCUUAAUACUGGAAUCCGUUGAAAAUAACAUUUGAAACCAAAAAUUAGGUUUGCUUGUGGCAUUUCCGAACAAAGCUUUUAGCAAGCUAAAAUGCUGUUGGCGUGUGUACAAAUAGAAAAAUGCAAGUAAAAAAAAAUAAAUCCUACCUGCAGACAUUGCGCAUGUCUUGCCUGUUUUUGUGCGACGUUUCAAGAAAAACAACAAAAGAAAUUCUAAUGAGCCUUAUUUUGAAAGUUGACGUUUCUAAAAAAACCAAACAAACCACUCGUGUUUGUCUUAAAGCUGUAGUUUGUGCAAUAGUCUUAAAUGUUUACUGCAAUAACUAAUAACGAGUUUUUGCCAAGAUGGGGGGAAAAAAAAAAAAAAAAAAAUGUAAAUAACUUCCUGAAGCCAUUUGUGAAUUUUUGGUUUUUGGCUUCUUCAGCCGCACGGGGCUUCGCAAUGUUAACCAAUCAAAGGAAAAGUUGCAUGCAAUGUUGUCACUGUUAGCAGUCUUUGUACCUUUCUUAUUUUUUUCAAUCGUGUCAAUGCCGAGAUUGAUGCUGACUCGGGGGAAGACUUUUGUAAGGUUUUGUAACGAUGAAUGCUGUUGUUGGUUUGUUGAGAGAUUUCUAUGCUGUGUAAAGUUAUUUAAAGUAUUUAUAUUCAAGUUAAACACUUUGUCUUUCAUUUUGUUCUGUGUGUGUGAAAGGUAUACCGAUACUGGCACGGAAUUUGUGGGUUUAAGGCCACCUUUGAAUUUCCCACAGACGAAAGACCUCCAUUUUUUUUUUUUGUAAAUUGAGUAAAAUGCUUUCAAAAAAGAAAGCGAAGUGGUCCUAAAAUUGAACCUUGUGGGAGCCCUUCUAUAACAUGGUCAGAGACAAAACUCACCAACCCUAACAAUCUGUGUGCGACCUAAGAGGUAACAAUUUUUUUUGUGGGGGGGGGAUGUUCCACCUUAAUAUAAAUGAAGACAAUAAGAGGCUAAUUUUGGGGGGGGGGGGGGAAUAACUAUUGGUCUUUCAAAGCAAUCUUUGAAACAUGAAAUAAGGUGAAUUGUUUUAGCCCCUUUCACGCUGGCUGUGGUUGCUGUUCUGUGCGAAAGGUAUACUGACACAGAGGGGUGAGUUGAAGUCAACCAUGCGAUUUCCUGGUUUUGGAGGUUGUAGCGGUUUUUAGUUGGGUUCUGCAUGAAUGGCAAAGGGUGCAUAAACGUUGGCUAGUGUUAUACCUUAGAUCUGUGUGAAAGGACCCACUAAGGCAUUUUGAGCUUCUAUUCAAGUUACCAAAUUUGGUUCUUCACCUGAUUUCAACUUCUAAAAAUGGAAGGGCAAAUAGUUGAAUCUAAAGUUACCAAAGGAGUUCUGCGCUCAAGGCUAAAUCUAAAUUUAGCGCCUCCGUUUCCCACGGGACACCUGCGGCUGCGAAACAAAACGACGGACCUUUACAACAGCUGAAAGACCCUUCAGAGGGUUUUACACAUUUUAGGGGCCCGCCCCAUCCUGAACACCAACUGUAGACCUUAAUCCACUCAGCUGUGGCUCCACUUAAACCUCUUUGGCUCAACACUGGCCUAACCAGACAAACGGGGGUACAAAGGGCGGGGGGGCACCCGACAGUCAACACGGUCGGCGUGGUUGUAAGUGGAUUUCAAAAACAAAAAAACACGUCUGGGUUCCAGAUCCUUUUGUUUAUGGGCCGAGUCCAAAAGCCACAGCCCGUCCAAAUCGAUCGUGUUCUUGCUCCGAUGGGAACGAUAUUCCUCGGUAAAGGAGAAAAUGGCAACUUUUUGAGGCGUGACUUGACAUGAAGUCAAAUUUGAACAAAAUGCAAUAUCGUGGAUCAGUAUCCUUCAAAAUCGAUAUUUCUAAUCACCUUUUGAGAUGUGACUCGAAACGUGCAACUGUUAAUCACAACAACAAUAAAUAAUAACUAAUUGAAAAUCCAAAGUGCUCUUAUACAAACAAUAAUUCCUGGCAAAGAUGAAUAGGAACUUGUGACUUUUGACAUAACAUGUAAUCGCACUGAUAUUAAUAUUAAAACGUUAAAGGAGCUGUAAUAUCCUUCAAAAUCCAAUGUGUUUGCUCUGCCACACACACAUUUGCAUGACGACAUGAAUGUGUGUUGGUUUGGCUAAACAAGCAGAUGUUUGCCGGAGACGAUUUGACAUCAUUUACACUGAACACGUGCGCGUGUUGUACGUCACACACACACACACUAGAUUAGACUUGUUUAUCAGGGAAUUUACACUUUCUUCUUCAAAACAAAAAGAUGAGAAUAGAUCGCUCUUUGCUAACAUGACUGAUUACAAUAUUAUUAAAUGUAUCUUUAAAAAAUCUGGGAUUUUUCAGCAACGACAGUAUAUUAUUCAAUUUAAUUCAUGCGUUUUGCCACUCAUUGGUUUUUAAAAGCACAUUUAAUUAUUGCUUGAUUUUUUUCUCAGCUAUUGGACUUAAGCACAGAAAUGAAUCUGGAUUAUUGAAAAAAAAAAUUCAUUUAUUGCCCAAUAUAAAAUUUUAGUUUUACAUUUCACAUUUAGUUAUAGUUUUACUGAUCCCUUGGCCCUAAUUAUAGUAUUUAAUGUAGUUAUUUUGAUUAAACCAUUUUUUGAUUCAAUAAUUAUUUGAGUCAGUAAUGCCCUUAUUGCUUCAUGAAAAGCAUCUGUAUAAACCAAUGUAUUAGUUUUUAUUCAAUCAUCUGUUCUUAUCAUUACAUGAAAUGAUUCUUUUUUUUGGUAACAAUUUUAGUUUUUUCCCCCACCUCAUUGCUUCCUGAAAAUUAUGCGUAUCAACCAGUGUAUGUAUGUAUUAUUAUUAUUACGAUUUUUAGUUUCGGGUGUGGCUGUUUUUUCUUUCUUUUUUGCUACUAUUUUAUAGAUGCUGAACAAUGGUUGACUCGAUUAAAAGGCUCCAAAUGCUA